AUGGCUGCCUGGUUUUUUUGUCUCCUUGGGCUGGUUACAGCCGUCCUGGCUGGUACUAGUCCAGAACGAUUCGAUGGGGAGAAGGUGUUUCGCCUGAAGCCGAACAGUGAAUCGGGUGUGGGUUUUAUAAGAAGCCUGGCUGAUUACGCAACGGUUGAUUUAUGGCAACCAGAUUCCUUCGACCAAGUGGCGGCGGAUGUCACUGUGGAUAUCCGUGUUAGCGCCGAGGAUGCAGCGAAUGUUCAAGAGCUUCUGGAAGAGAGUGGCCUAGAAUAUGAGGUUUUAAUUGAAGACCUUCAAGUAAUGAUUGAUCAACAACUCGACAAUAAGGAGCGAUCAGCCUCUGUGCACAGUUACAUGAAGUACAAUGACAUGGACACGAUCAACGCCUGGAUUACUAGCACCGUCGCCAGAAAUGCAAACAUGAUGUCUCUCACAGAAAUCGGAACCAGCUAUGAAGGAAGGCCAAUCUAUGUCAUCAAGAUCGGCAAGAAAACAAGUCAAGCUAAACCGGCGAUCUUUAUGGACUGUGGGAUUCAUGCAAGGGAGUGGAUUUCUCCAGCAUUUUGCCAGUGGUUUGUGAAGGAGACAGUGGAUACUUAUGGAUCGGAUCCCACUCUUACCCACAUCCUGGACUCCGUGGACAUCUUUAUUGUCCCCGUUAUCAAUGUUGACGGAUAUUCCUACACCUGGUCAAAUAACCGUAUGUGGAGAAAGACCCGAUCGAGGAAUGCCGGGAGCAAUUGCCGAGGAGUUGACCCCAACAGAAACUGGGAUGCGGGAUGGUGCACUGUCGGUGCCUCAUCAAAUCCCUGUUCCGAGACUUAUUGUGGUUCUAAGGCAGAGUCUGAGAAGGAGGUCAAAGUUGUUGCAGACUUCAUCCGUCUCCACAGGAACAGCAUCAAGGCCUAUCUCACAAUCCACUCGUACUCGCAGAUGUGCCUCUUCCCGUACUCCUACACCUACGACUUGGCUGCAAAUCACAAUGAACUGAAUCAACUUGCCAAAGAAGCAACAAGCCGUCUGAAAUCCCUUUAUGGGACACGGUAUACCUACGGGCCUGGAGCAACCACCAUCUAUCUAGCAGCAGGUGGUUCAGAUGACUGGGCCUAUGACAUGGGCAUCAAGUACUCCUUCACCUUCGAGCUCCGUGAUACUGGUAGACAUGGCUUCUUGUUACCGGAAUCUCAAAUCAAGCCGACCUGUGAAGAAACAAUGUUGGCCAUUAAAUACAUCGCUAACUACGUCACCAACAACAUGUAUUGAAAACAACUUGUCAGUGAAUAAAGCAAUUUGACAAUCUGUCAUCUAUUAUCAUUGCUGCAGGCA